CCGGUCUCGCGACGGCAGUCGGCGGCCUCGUCGUCUACCUGCCCGAGUCGCUCCAUGGCGGGCGUGAGGCGACGCUUGCCUGUGCCCUGGCCGCGUCGGGCGGCGUCAUGCUCUACAUCUCGUUCGUCGACAUCUUUGCGGAGGCGCAAGAGGCAAUCGAGGACGCGGGCUACGAGCGCGGCGAGGCGCACUCCCUGACGGCGCUCUCCUUCUUCCUCGGCGUCGCCCUCUGCGUCGCCCUGGACAAACUUGUCCACCACCUGUACCAUCGCGCCGGGGCGGUGGAGCUCACCGAGCACCUCCCCUCCCUGCAAGAGCGGCCUAUGCACCAACUGCAGCCAGACGAGGGCGGCGGCGCCGCCGCGCCGGCCGCGCCGGCCGCGCCGGCCGCGCCGCCCUCCACCGCCUCCGCCGCUGAGAAGGCUCGGCUCGGCAAGAUGGGCGCGCUGACGUCGGUUGCCAUCGCGCUGCACAACUUCCCUGAGGGGCUGGCGGUCUUCAUGGGCACCCUCGCCGACCCGUCCCUCGGCACCGCCAUCGCCAUCGCGGUGGCACUGCACAACAUGCCCGAGGGCGUGUGCGUCGCGGUGCCAAUCUACCACUCCAGCGGCUCCAAGGCGCGCGGCUUCGUGUACGCGCUGCUCUCGGGGCUGACCGAGCCGAUCGGCGGGCUGCUCGGCUAUGCCGUCCUCGAGCCCUUCUUCACCGACCUCGUGUUCGGCGUCCUCUUCGCGCUCGUCGGCGGCAUCAUGGUCUUCAUCGUGCUGCACGAGCUGCUACCCACCGCCCACCGCUACCUGCCGGACCGGUCGGGCAAGGUGACGGCGUAUACAUUCGCCGGCAUGGCCUUCAUGGCCCUCUCCAUCGUCCUCCUCGAGCUGGGCGAGGGGCACGAGCACUAGCUCGAGUUCUCUCUCGCCCACUCUCUCUCUGGUGUCUCUACUCCGGAAAAAACCGUGCGCGGACGAGCGAACAAAGCACAGCUCGGUUCAGAUGUCCCCCCGUAGUUAGGGUUUUUUUUCGGAUUCCGCAUUCGGCA